GCGCUGGUAGAUUCAGAACAGAGCUCUGCGUGCAGUCCUUUAGAUAGCACGGAACCACUUAUCUGCGCGUUGACAAAGAAACAAGCUGUGAAUAUUCUUUUAUUCCAAGUCCUCCGGUUGUAUUCGGAUCACCGUGAUUUCUGUAAUACGUGCAGUUCAUUCCUAAGUGCACUAGUACAGCUUCACAAUGAAGUUCGUCAGGUUCUUAAUGAAAAAUGCUGCAUUGGCCAAUGCACCAAAACAUAUUGAUCAUUUUUCGAAGUUCUCACCGUCGCCUCUCUCUAUGAAGCAGUUUUUGGAUUUUGGCUCCACAAAUGCAUGUGAGAAGACGUCCUACGUUUUCCUGAGACAAGAGCUUCCGGUGCGGCUGUCAAACAUUUUGAAAGAGAUCAAUCUGUUGCCCGAUCGGUUAAUUUGCACCCCGUCUGUGCAGAUGUUGCAGAGCUGGUACGUACAGAGUUUGUUUGAUAUCAUGAACUUUCUUGACAAGAGUCCAGAUGACCACAGAAUACUCACAGCUUUCACAGAGGCCCUGGUUAAGAUCAGGGACAGACACAAUGAUGUGGUGCCCACCAUGGCUCAGGGGGUGCUUGAGUACAAAGAGGCGUUUGGGCAGGACCACAUCUCCAAUCAGAACGUGCAGUACUUCCUCGACCGCUUCUACAUGAGCCGCAUCUCCAUCCGCAUGCUCAUCAACCAGCACACUCUGAUCUUUGACGGUACAACAAACCCAGCCCACCCCAAGACCAUCGGCAGCAUCGACCCAAGCUGCAAAGUGGCAGAGGUGGUAAGAGAUGCUUAUGAAAGUGCCAAGUUUCUUUGUGAUCAGUACUACCUGGGCUCUCCCGAACUGGAAAUCGAAGAAAUUAAUUCUAAGUGUCAGAAAGAGCCGAUUAGUAUGGUGUACGUUCCCUCUCAUCUCUACCACAUGCUGUUCGAGCUUUUCAAGAAUGCCAUGAGAGCUACAGUAGAGACCCAUGAAUGCAGCCCCUCUCUUCCUCCAAUCAAAGUCAUGGUGGCACUUGGGGAUGAAGACCUCUCUCUUAAGAUGAGCGAUCGGGGGGGCGGGGUUCCCCUGCGGAAGAUUGAGAAGCUGUUCAGCUACAUGUAUUCAACAGCACCUACCCCACAGGUCGACCAUUCUGAGAGAGCACCGCUGGCUGGUUUUGGAUAUGGACUCCCUAUCUCCCGGCUCUAUGCACAGUAUUUCCAGGGGGAUCUUCAGCUGUACUCAGUGGAGGGCUACGGCACAGAUGCUGUCAUCUAUUUGAAGGCUUUAUCAACCGAUUCUAUUGAGAAGUUGCCCGUCUACAACAAAUCUGCCUGGAGACACUACAAAGUGAGCCAGGAGGCGGACGACUGGUGUGUCCCCAGCAAAGAGCCCCUAAAUCUGUCUGUGCACCGGGACUCGAAGUGAGCAGAGAAGAAUGUGCUAGGCCUGGUAACCUUGGCAACAGAACAGUCAACCUAGAGAACCUGGGGGAGGAAACGAAUAAGGACCUUAUCACCAUAGUAACAGACUAACCCAAGCUGAUAGAAAUUCUAUAAAAAUAUCUGGGACAGCCAGUACUCUUCCCUUACAUUCAUGAGGUCAGUACAUGUGAGCGUGUUGACAAAGGCAACGUAUAUGGCACUUUGUCGUUUUUCAGUGCUGUAUGUUUUUAUACAUUAUUUGGUUUUAUAUCCGUUCAACACUCGGAUCAAACAAGGGCAGCCAGUGGAUACCAACACAUCAGUGCUAUUCAGCUGUGCCAAAUCUGUUGGUAUGGGAAUGAGUGGGUGUGCCUCAACUUUGAAUGUCAGUGAUAUGGAUAACAUGAAUAGGAUCCAUGAACAACAGUUCUCAAUCAUAUAUUACACCCACAGAGGUAGACUACCACGUUUCUAUGUGCCUCUGUGUGGAAAUGACUCUGUGGGUAUAAUGUAGACAUACCGUAUGCAUUUUAUAAUGCAAUACCCAAAGGGUUUCCACAACUAACUGAAAAUGUUCAAUAUUGCACAGGUCUCUCUCUCUGUAUGUGUAUAUAUAUAUAUAUAUAUAUAUAUAUAUAUAUAUAAUAUAUAUAGAGAGAUAUAUAUAUAUAUAUAUAUAUAUAUAAUAGAAUAUACCUUUUUUUUCUGAAGUAUAACAUAUUUAUCAAAACAUUUAUAAUGUGACUUUGAAAAGAGGGCAUGGGUAAAGGGGAAAAGGAAAACUAGAAAACAUUAAUAAGAUUUUGGCCAGGGGGUCCAGAAUAGAAAGGAGUGCGAGCCAGAGUUUAAAUGGGGAGAUUUGGGCGGAGCAGAACUGGGGGGAGGAGCCCCAGCUCCUGCCCUCCCUGAAUCACACCUCCAAGGUUACAACGCAUUAUUUUCAGAACAGAGUUGCAUGGGAGUUUGCAAAAGUGAGAUUCUCUAGUAACUGGCCAGUUUGGACCCACUCAAGCACAGCACUCUAUACUGUGUUUUCAGGAAAGAAGUCAGAGACAAUUCCGAGGUCCUAAUAGCAUUCUGAAUAAUUCAGCAUGUUUUGCUCGUUAAGAAAGUGUUACUGCUAGUUUUAAAUUUCAAGAUGGAACAGUUUCAAUAUAUAUAUAUAAUCUCAUAAACACUCCACUAAUUGAAAACCUGUACUGUACUCAAGCGAACACAAAAUGUGAUUUUAUGUAGCCUACUGUCACUGAAUGUAUAUUUUGAAAGUCCAUAUUUUUGUAAAGCAACUAAGUUUUCCUAGUUGAGUGUUUGUACUGUCUUUGUGGUAUUUAAAAUAAAAUACAAUUUCAUGAA